AUGAGCCUCAACCUCGACAGCCUGGGCCUCGAACUCGAGCGCGUCCGUCGCGCUCGUCGCGCAUCUCUCUCCGGGGUCUCGUCAGAGUCGAGCGUGUCGGCGUCAACCUCACCUUGUGUAUCUACCCACCAGUCUCCGGACGUCCAGGCCGCACCUCUCGGUGGAUCCGCACUCGAUACCCUCGAAGAGAAGCCGUACCCUCUCUGUCUACUGUGCUUCUCUCGCGCACCGUCGGCCGUGUUACUGCCAUGCUGUCACCUGAACCUGUGCUACCUCUGUGCCCCGCUCCUCAUGCACAAGGACCGGCAAGCCCGCGCCGCCGCAUUCCCAGACCACGCCCAGCCCACCGACGCACCGCCCAGGACUGACCGGGUCCCCUUCAACGUCGCGCUCUCACGGGCUGUGGCCAACCACCCCAAAUCACGCCGCUUCAGCAUGGGCGGCUACGUUGCGCCCGCCGAAGGAAUCAAGGGCGGCGAGCUGCGCGGGGCCGACCUCGUGGGCAGCAGAGGUGGGGAGGGUGGGGGCACCAUGGGGACGGGGCCUGCCGGGCUGACCACGACUGUGGAGGAGGGCGGGCAGGUGCGCCUCGGCCUGGACGAUUUGUAA